AUGCGUUCUCGUCUGUUUGCGGAACCCACUUUGAACUACAAAAAGGCGGUGGAGUUGGCGCUCGCAUUAGAGGCAGCGGAACGGCAUGCGGAGGCGGCCGGAGCCAGCAGCCACGGCGGGGUGCCAGCGCCGGACGGCUCGGGACUCGGGCAGGGCGCAGCCGGCCUGCACCGCGUUGGUGCAGGGCCCGCGCGCUUGCGACGGCCCGCUUGCUGGCGUUGCGGGAAGGAGCGUCACGCAGCUAAUAAGUGCCGGUAUAAAGCGUUCGUUUGCAACAAGUGCAAUCAAAAAGGACACUUGGCACAAAUGUGCACAAAAAACGUGUCUAGUGGUAGUGCCAAUAGACUAAAUAACACGCAAACAAAUGUUGGUAAGCCUUAUCGCAUAACGACGACGUUUAUGAUCUACUCCGUCACGGACAAAGGGGAUCUCGCACCGGACCGCAAUUUGGACAAGAUGGCCCCUACACUCGAGUGUCCUGCACCUUCCACGAUAAUGUCCCACCCGUCG